UUUGGAUGGGCAUUGUUAAAUUUAUCGCCAUGAGACCCGAGAGCUUGAACAAUAUCACGAAUGAACCUGGAGGAUCAAGUGGAGACUCAGCCACUGAAUACACUUCAUUCAGCAGCGAUUCGGAUAUUGAAGAUAUGACGUGUGCGUCAGGUGAUCAAAGGAAAAUCGUGCAAGGACUAAGAAAGACUAUUAGGAAGAAAGACACCGAAAUAAAAGAUCUCGUAGCAAAGCUGACGAUUGCCGAAAUUUAUUUGGCAAGUGAAAAGGAAAAAUCCACUUAUAAGGACGAAAUAAUCAAGACUUUACACUUGUCGAUCGAUUUAACUAAUCAAAGCAAAGACUUGAAGGAAAAGCAGUUGCAAAGUCAAAUCCUGGAGCGAGAUAAAGCACUCGAUUUGGGCAAGAGACAGGCUUUGAUUAAAGAUAAAACCGCAACCGACCUUUUAAAUCAGUAUAAUGAGUGUACAAAAAAGAUUGAAGAAUUGAAUUUCAAAAAUGCUAAAUCUACAUGUAUAAUUAAAGAGAAGGACGCCAAACUUUUUGAAAUGGAUAAAAAGGUCCAGAAGUAUAAUGCCGAUUUAAAGGAGGAGAAGGAACACAUCGCUGGGCUACAAUCCAAACUUAAAGCAGAAGAAGUUAAAUAUCAGCUAUUUCAGUAUAUUUACCCGACCUCCGCGGUAUAUCUUGGCAUUCGCCGUCCGGUCACACCCGCAAAAAGCGCUGUGUAA